AUGCAUUGUUUGAAGCAGCUAGGUGGAAUUCUUGCCCUUCUGGCGCCGUUCAUUCAGGCACAGAAAGACAACUUAGGUCUGAACAACGGCUACAUCGACAUCAAAACCAACACCUUCAAGGCUCGCAUCGUUCGUGACGCGCAGGUACUUGCAUCCUUGACCUCGGUCGACGACGCUUUUGACUUUUUGCCGUCCGAUCGCCUCAAUGUUCGUGCGCAAAAUGGGCAAUACCACUGGGGAGAUAUCACCUACCGCUAUCGUAAAGAGGGUGGUGAUGCAUGGACCAGUGGUGAUUCCGCGCAAAAGCGCCAGCCUGUGAAGAAAGUCUCUGUUGGGCAGUCGCUUGCAGCUUCUACUCUUUCGCCGACACUGCCAAAGGGCCCUCUGAAUAUCACACGCGAAUGGCUUGAUGUCAAAGGAGAUUUAGGCCUUCGAUUUACAUUGACCAACAGCGGAGAGGACUCGCUUGAACUGGGCAGUCUUGGAUUCCCUGCCGAGUUCAACAGUAUCUUCACCGGCCGGACUGCCGAGGAGAUGCAAGCCCAUUGCUCUCUUUCAGACUCUUACAUCGGCCAAGACGCAGGUCAGAUCCGAGUCACACCCGUCAAAGGCACCGGCAAAGGGCUCGUUGUUACGCCACUCGACGGUACCAAGUCGCCACUUGAAGCAUACAGAAAUCUGGAUGAACCCUACUUUGGGUCAACUGGCUAUGCAAGCCAGACGUUUGAGGGAUUCUAUGAAUGGCAGAUGCUGAGCAAAGCCUGGGCGGACAAGGAAUGGAAAGGCCAGAAACCUUGGAAUGAGCCGACAUCUAAGAUGUUGAAGCCUGGCGAAUCGCUCAAAGUUGGGGUCCGGUUCUCUCUGUCUGAUUCCGUUCGCGACUUUGACAAGGCCGUCCGUAAGACUGGAAACCCUGUUGCUGUGGGCGUUCCUGGGUACACCAUUUCACGCGACCUUCCAGCGCAGCUUACCGUCAAGAGUGAUAGCAAAGUGGCUUCUAUUACUGUUUCGCCAACGGGGUCUUUCGGAAUCAAGGAGCAACGCGAUGGAACGUAUACUCUGACACCCUCUUCUUCUGCAUGGGGCCGCGUUCGUGUCAAUGUCAAAUACGAAGACAACAAGGUACAGACCAUUCACUACUUUGUGACCAAGACCACAACAGAAACCCUCAAUGACCUCGGAAACUUUCUCACCACUAAGGCUUGGUUCAACGAAACUUCCGAUCCCUUCAAGCGAUCUCCUUCUGUCAUGACCUAUGACUACGAGAAAGGUGCCAUUGUUGAGCAGGACCCAAGAGUUUGGAUCGCAGGGCUCAGUGACGAAGGCGGCACAGGCGCUUAUGUCGCGGCGGUUCUUAAGCAAGUCAUCCAGCCGAACGCCGAGGAGAUUGCCAAGCUCGAUGAGUUUGUGCAAACUACGAUAUGGGGCGGACUGCAAGGUGAAGACUACGGCGUACGCAAGUCGCUCUUUUUCUAUGAGCCAUCUGCGGUGGGCUACGCGUACAGCAAAGACAUCGACUGGACUUCCUGGACAUCCUGGGAUAAGAAGGCCGCAUCCAGCCUCGACAGAGCGUAUAACUAUGUCCACGUCACAGUAGCGUACUGGUCUAUGUAUCGCGUCGCACGAGCAUACCCAGAACUUGUUUCCAAGCCUUGGACGUGGUACUUGAGUCAAGCUCAUAAAACAAUCAUUCGAAUGACGCAGAAGGAUGUGGCAUACAGUGAUGUCGGCCUGAUGGGAGAGACUGUAUUUGGAGAGGUCCUCAUCGAUCUGAAACGAGAGGGAAAUGACACCGUCGCUGGUGCUUUGGAAAGCGCAAUGAAGAAACGUGCUGAGCUAUGGCACUCGCAGAAAAUUCCAUAUGGAAGUGAAAUGGCCUGGGACUCAACUGGACAGGAAGGUGUCUACUACUGGACUAGACACUUUGGGUUUGAUGAUUCGGUUCAGAAGACGAUUGAUAGCGUGUUGGGCUAUAUGGCUAACGUACCGCACUGGGGAUGGAAUGGUAAUGCUCGCAGAUACUGGGAUUUUAUCUAUGGAGGAAAACUCAAAAGAAUUGAGCGUCAGAUCCACCACUACGGUUCCGGUUUGAACUCUCAAGUCUUACUCUCAGCAUUCCGCGAUGAUCCAUCAGACUCUUACCUACUUCGCGUUGGGUACGCCGGUUCAUACGCCCCUCUCACCAACAUCAACCAAGACGGCUUCCCCAGCGCCGCGUUCCAUUCUUACCCUGAUACGCUCAAGUGGGAUGGGAUCACGGGUGAUUACGGAGGCGGAUUCAUUGGCACCGUACUGAACUCGGGCACUUAUGUUGCUGAUGACAAGGAACUUGGCGUUGUUGCUUUUGGAGGUAUUCUGUCUAAGGAGGGGGGUAAGUAUACGGUCCAGCCCAGGGAUGCUGUUAGGAAGAGGAUUUUCAUCGGUCCUUUGAAGCUUUUGGUCACUAUCGAUGCAGGGUCUAUCCAGGAGUUCACUUUUGAUACUGCACAGAAUGCGGUACAAGUCACUCUGGCGCAAGUGAAGGGCUCUCCUCAGGCGGCUAAAGCUGCGAUAUGGGUGGAAUCGACGGGUGCGGAGAAGUGGACGAUGAAGGCAAAGGGUGCUACCGAGGGACGAGGUGGGUGGACUGUUCCUCUGCCUGCAUCCGAAUCUAUCACCCUAGCUCUUACUGGGGUGUAA